AUGCCACCCAUGAACAAAUACUUGCCAAGCAAAUUGGAAAAGAUUUCGCAUUUUCCAAUUCCCAGCGUCACAAACUAUAAUGUUGCACCUGAGGUAGACCUCACCAAAUUCGCCCUUUCUCCUUGCCAAAAAGAACAUUUAAACAUCAUAAAUCGUCAUUCGAAAGCCUUCGUAGGACCAGCUGGUCACUUAGGUCAUUACAAUGGACCUAUUCGACAUCGCAUCCUAAUAAAAAAUGCGCCUAUACCAACUGGGAAAAUCUGUCGUGUGUCACUCAAGAAAAGAAGCGAAAUCGAGCAGCAGAUCACACAUAUGCGCAAAGAUGGACUAAUUCGUAAAUCAACAUCGUCAUUUUGCAGGAUUUUUAUCUACGUCGAUGACCUCAUAAUAACUUCUGAAACUCUGGAAGAAUAUCUCGUUAACAUCGACGAAGUAUUGGUAAAAAUGAACAACUGUAGUUUCGUCCUAAGCAAAGAAGGAUACGACCUAAUCCCGAGAAAACCCAAGCCAGUGACAACUAUCCAACUCCGAAAACCUACAGACGUCAAAACUUUUCUAGGAAUAUGCUCAUUCUUUCGCACAUUUGUGCAUAACAUUGCCUCAAAUGCCUCACCUUUAACAGCGUUAACUUUAAAAAAUAAACUUCUUAUAUGGACUCCAGAAUACGUGACUGCAAUGAAUUGUUUAAAGGAAGCUUUAACACCGCUCUCAGUAGCCCCUCGCCUAGGUUACUUUUGUCAUCGAAACGGACAGUCCGGAAAAGCCGUCGCCAGCACCUUACAUCGACGGAGCCAAAUGCACCAUUAUCGCCGACCAUGCACCACUAGAAGCGCUAUUACAUCGAAAAGACUUAACUAA